AUGCGGCAGCAGGAAGCUUUCUCCAGGCGGCAGACCUACCUCGAGGACCAGUUCAACCUGGGGCGGCACGCGACGCGGGGCAGCGCAAAGACCGAAGAGCGAACCACCACGCAGCCCGACUACCAAGCUCACAACACCGACCACGACUCACCCACAGCAAGCACGCGAGGCUGCAUCCAAAAGCUCCUGCACGCGCUUCUCGGACCCAACACGAGACCGGACAACACAAACGAGGGCGCCUCGGCCGUCACGAUGCAGGCCGGGGUGGGGGCGCUGGAGACAGACAGCCCGACCCUGCAGCCGGGCCACCGCUUCUACCUGGCGCACAAGGGCAAAGAGGGCCAGCCCUCGCACCAGAGCCGCGCGCAGACGGGCGGCCGCAGCAGGUUACGGGCAUGGUGCGCCGCGCAGGGCGUGGACAUAGACCGACCGCCGCCCCCGGCCCACGACACCAGCGCCCAGGCCGUCCCAGAUUACAAUGGGCUUCGGAGCUACGCGCGAAGCGAAGAACCACCACCACGGGAGCCACCGCUGCUCCGAGCGCUCUGCUGCCGACGUCUCGGCCCCCCGCCCGAAUUCUCCGAAGUGCCAGACCGCCGCGCGGAAUGGUCCCCGGAGAUAGCUGCACGAGACACCAACGGGAGGAUCACGCAGUGGCUAGAGUCAUGGCUUUGCCCACGCUGCGGGGCGCGCUGCGCUGUCGACACGAUCGCGCCACAGGGCGGCCGACAGAUGCGCGCGAGGUGCCUAGAGCCGGGCACGUGGGCCGCGGAAGCCAGCACGGCACGCACCAACUCGGCAGUGCACGCGCCCCUGCUGCUAGCGGCCGCCGGGCUCAUAGACCCAAGCGAAGGGGCGCAGUGGAGUGAGCACCGCCUCACACAGGCCUGGUGGCAGCCGACGGUAGAGACGUUGCGGCUUGCAGAGGCGCCCCAGGGGCCGGAGCUGCCUGGAGACCAGCACGCGAACGGCCCUGCCGCCGUGGCGGGGAGAGGAAGCCCGAGCAGCGGCAACAACGGCGGAAACACGGGCGCGGAGGAGGGAGACGCCAACGACGGCGACAGCAACUCCAGCGAGAGCAACUCCAGCACCGAGGAGACCGACCACGAGGCCGGACCAGCGCAGGCCCCAGCCCCGAGCAACGGACCCACCGAAGAGUCCUGGGCAGCUCUCGGGAGCAUCGACCUCCAACAAGAGCUACGGAAAUUCGUGCCGACACUACAGAACGUGCCGCGUUUCCUGCGCGCGGAGACCCGGAUGGCGUUCACCACGGCCCUGAAGAGGAUCAAACGAGGACCGUCGGGAGUCCGCGUUGAGCACCUCAAGCCGCUGCUGGAACACGAAGAGCCCAUGGACCUGCUCGGAUUCGCCGCCGCUGCCCUCGCGGAGGCGCGGAGGACCCUCGAGCAAGGGGACUUCCUGGUCGCUUUCUUGGACGACGUGUACAUCAAGACCACCCGGGCCAGGGCCAGAGCCGCUUUCGACACCACCACCGGAGCAAUUCACCUCCACGCAAACGUGGAUUGCCACCUUGGCAUGUGCCUGGCUCCCAGCAGGGGCGGAGGCGCAGCGCCGCCUGGAAUCGGCGAGCUGGGACAAGACGUCUGGAGGGGCGACAGAGUGCCACCCGACCGAGGAAUCAAGAUCCUAGCGGCCUACUGGGGCGCUUGGGCAGACGCCCUACACAUGCUCCACCAACGGCGCCCUGUUGAAGCUGCAGCGAUCAGGGACCUCCUCGACGGCACCAGGCCCGGGCGUAGGGGCAACCUUGCCGCAGCCGCCGCGGCCGCACAGCUGCUCGAAUCCGAAGGCUUCCGGAGACCUUCCUGGACCGACCUGCUCCAGGGGCUGCGCCCAGAAGCGCCACCGCGCUCGGAGGCCGCCGAACCGGGGGAAUGGCAGCACGGCUGGCAGUUCCACGCUUGUUCCGCACGCAACACCCACUACAGGGACAACGUGUUCAUGCCCAGCCUCACCAGGGCCAACCAGGCCAUGCUAAGGUCAGGCCCAGGACCGAGGGCCGCCUACUGGCUUCACACCUUACCCACCACCGAGGGGCACGAGUUCAAGCCCGCGCGGUUCCUGGCAGCCUUGCGCCGGCGCCUCAGGCUCCCGCUGCCGCUCCUCCCGCACACGUGCGGGGCAGCCGGCCACCCAGGCUGCCGGGCCCGGCUGGACACGCUGGGAGACCACCUAGCCGCGUGCCCACGCACCGGGCUUCUCGCCAGACGCGCGAAACCGCUCGAACGAGCUUGGGCGAGGGUCGCCAGAGAAGCAGGAGGGAGAAUUGUCCCCCAACAGCUGCUGCGGGACACUAACGCCGUUGUCCACAACCCGCUGGACCGCAGACAAUUAGACCUAGUCGUCUACGGCAUCUCGCCGAACGGCGUCCCGCUGUGCUACGACAGCACCAUGGUGUCCCCCCUCCGCAGGGGCGGCUGGCACCGGCCGCGCACCUUCGACACCGACGACGCCGCGCUACUUGUGGCCGAAAGGCGCAAACGACGCAGGUACCACGAACUCACGACCGGCCAUUCAGGCCGCCUCAUUGUCCUCUCCUGCGAGGUCGGAGGCAGGUGGGGCCGCGACUCCCUCCAGCUGGUACGCCUGCUUGCCAAGCAGAAGGCGCGGGCCGCACCGGCCCUCCUCCGCCGCUCCGCGGAGCUCGCGUGCACCAACCGCUGGUGGGGGUUCCUGAGCGUCGCGGCCCAGGACGCGCUCAUGGCCACCCUGACGGGCGACGGCUACCUAGCCCUGGAGGGAGCCGCCGGGGAGGACGACCCAGACCUGGCCGAAGUGCUGCUCGCAGACUCCGCCAGCCCACCCGCUAACCGCCUGCCAGCGCGCCCCUGA